AUGUCUUCGUGGCUUCAAAUCCCUAAGAAUUCGCCCUUCUCGUUGGCCAACAUUCCGUUCGGCAUCAUUUCGGCCUCCUCAUCCAAAGUCCCCGCCAUUGCAAUCGGUGAUUAUGCUUUGGAUUUGAACAAAUUUGCCUCGUCUGGAGGUUUCUCUCAGUUGCCUAGCAUUCAGCAGCAUCUGAGUGUGUUCAACCAACCUACCCUCAAUGCCUUCGCCGAGCUUGGCCGUCCGGUCCACCGUCAGGUGCGCGAGUACUUGCAGAACGUCUUCCGCGCCGACACCCAGUACCCACAAGUUCUAAAGGAUAACGCGGCUCUUCAAAAGUCUGCUCUUAUUCCCCGCUCAGAAGUUACCAAUCACGUCCCGAUGCAAAUUGGUGAUUAUACCGACUUCUACGCUGGAUUGAACCACGCCUACAACAUCGGAGUUCUCUUCAGAGGAAAGGACAAUGCUCUGCAGCCCAACUACAAACACUUGCCCGUUGCUUACCACGGCCGUGCUUCAUCCGUCGUCCCCUCCGGCACCCCCCUGCACCGCCCGAGCGGUCAAAUCCUCGCCAACCCAACCGCUGAUCCCAAAAUCCCGACUUUCUCUCCUUGCAAGAAGCUAGACAUCGAGCUGGAGUUGGCAGCCUUUAUCAGCAAGCCUAAUGAUCUGGGCAAGCCCGUCUCGAUCGACGAGGCCGAGGACCACAUCUUCGGUCUGGUCCUUAUGAACGACUGGUCCGCUCGCGAUAUCCAGGCUUGGGAAUACAUUCCCCUGGGCCCCUUCAACGCCAAGAACUUCGGUACAACCAUCACUCCCUGGAUUGUUCUGUUGGAUGCCCUCGAGCCAUUCCGCGCCACAGGCCUUGAGCCUGAAAAUCGUGAAGGCCUCCUGCCUUAUCUUCGCGAGAAGCGGGUCGAAAACGCUUACGAGAUCCCGCUCGAGAUUGAGGUAACCAAUAAGGGUGGCCAACCCACAAUUAUUGCCAACAGUAAUGCUCGCAACCUUCUUUACUCAUUCCCGCAGAUGGUUGCCCACCACACUAUUACUGGAUGCAACUUGAGAUCUGGUGACUUGCUGGGCUCGGGUACUAUUUCCGGCACUGAGCCUAAAACUCAGGGCAGUUUCUUGGAGCAGACUAAUGGCAAGACCCCACUUAAGCUUGCUGAUGGUUCAGAGCGUAUGUUCCUGGAGGAUGGAGAUACCGUUGUUCUACGUGGACUUGCUGGUACUGAAGGCAAUUAUGUCGGCUUUGGUGACUGCACGGGUACGAUCCUGCCCGCCGUUUCGUUCUAA